AAACUUAUUAAAUUUUUCAGAAUAUUGAUCUCCAUGCUUUGACAGGAUGGAUACCAGAUAGAAUUUCAAUUGAUUUAUCUGAUCCAACAUUUGCUAAAGAUAAAAUUUUCAAAACAAUGGUGGAUAAGCACAAUAAAGGGCAUGUUUUAAUUACUGUUGCCACUGGAGAAUUAAGCAGUUCUGAAGCAGAUAGGGCAGGGUUAGUGCCGACACAUGCUUAUGCUCUUCUUGAUGUGAAGGAAGUGUUGGGGAAAAGAUUGUGCCUUUUGAAAAACCCAUGGAGUCAUUUAAGAUGGAAAGGACGGUUUUCUGAACAUGAUACGAAAAACUGGACUCCAGAGUUAAAGGAAGCCUUAAGAUAUGAUCCACGAAAUGCUCAAAUGUUUGAUAAUGGCGUGUUUUGGAUUGACUAUGACUCUCUAUUGCAUUUCUUCAGUGUAAUUUAUUUGAACUGGAAUCCUGAAAUGUUCAAGUAUACCUAUUGUCUUCAUCAGACCUGGAAAGCUGGGCUUGGUCCUGUUAAAGAUUUAUACAAUAUAGGAGAAAAUCCACAAUUUUGCUUGGAUUUAAAAUCUGCUGGUUGUGCUGUAUGGGUGCUUUUAACUCGGCAUAUUGUUGACAGAGAUGACUUUGCCGAGAAUAAGGAAUUCAUAGCAGUAAUUGUUUACAAAAAUGAUGGAAAUAAAGUAUACAUUCCAACGGAUCCAGAGCCUUAUAUUGAUGGAGUCAGAAUCAAUAGUCCUCAUUAUUUAUGUAAAAUAGUAGUGCCUCCAGGAGGAACUACUCGAUAUACGCUUGUCGUUUCUCAAUAUGAAAAGAGCCAUACAAUAUAUUACACUUUAAGAGCUUAUGCUACAUGCCCUUUCACCUUAUCAUAUAUUCAGAAUGUUUUCAAGUACAAACAUGAGAUAAAAAAUGGUGAAUGGACAAGUGAGACAUGUGGUGGUUGUGGAAAUAAUCCUCAAACUUACCACAAAAAUCCUGUUUAUCAAGUCUCACUGCAAUCAUCUUCUGAUGAUAACCAUUUACUGGUCGAUCUAAAGGGCCCAAAGCAGUUCUAUGUAGGUUUUGAAGUUGUUACUGUUACUGUUAAUAAUUCAAGUAGUCCUGGAUAUUUUUCAAGAAAGUCUUCUGGUGCUUUUAGGAGUGGUUUUACAAUUUUGGAACUACGAAAUGUUCCAGCUGGGACCUACAAUGUAAUUCCAAGCACCUUUUCUCCUGGCCAGAAAGGUCCUUUUUUCCUUACAUUUCAAGCAUCCUGCCCAAUCAAAGUUUGUCGGCUGAAGUAAUUUUUAUCACAAUUUAUUUUUAUUUUGUAAAUAAAUAGAUAACUAAUUUGUAUUAUAACUACAGAUAUAAAAUAUUAAUUUUUUGUAUGAAUGAAAUAAAAUUGUGAUUAAGUUGUUA